CUUGUAAAUUAGGUGAUGAAACGUUUUGCUCCAGCAAAUCAGCCUUUUCCCGCCGAACGGACUGGAUCUGACGGGCGGGGAAACAAAGGGCUGCACUUCAAAUCCCCAGCAUCCCGCCGACUGAGUACGGACGCCUGGGCCGUUGGUCGGCUCGGCCGGCUGAGAGGGGAGUGUGGGGCUGGCCCGGCCAGCGCAGCGCUAGGAACCCGGGCCAGGCCGGCACGUGCUGUCUCUGGCAGGGCUGCUGAGCUCGCCAGGCUGGGAGCGUGGCCGGCAACCUCGAGCGAGCCAGGGUGUCCGGCAGCGCUGCUCGCCUCGUCCCUCAUAGAGGCCCAAGCUGGGCUGCUGCGGCCUUUCCUCGAGCCUGCAGGGCGGGCCCGCGCGGUCUCUCAGGCGGCCGCUCGAAUGCCCCGCUCCUGCGCAUGCGCCAUGCUGCUGUCAGCCAUGGCAGCGCUACGACUCUUGCCCCGGCUCCUGCGGGUCUCGCGGACGCGGCUGGUCCGGUCUCGCUCGGCCGGCGCCCCCGGCUCCGUGCCCGAGCGCAUCGCCGAGAAGCGUCGCGCCGCGCUGCUGGGGGGCGGUCAGGCCCGCAUCGAUGCGCAACACAAACGGGGAAAGCUGACAGCAAGGGAGCGAAUUCUUCUGUUGCUGGACCCUGGCAGUUUUGUUGAGUAUGACAUGUUCGUGGAACACAGAUGUGCAGACUUUGGGAUGGAGUCUGAUCAGAAUAAGUAUCCUGGAGACAGUGUGGUAACUGGCCAGGGCUGGAUUAAUGGGAGACUGGCUUAUGUCUUCAGUCAGGAUUUUACUGUAUUUGGAGGGAGUUUGUCUGGUGCUCACGCCCAAAAGAUCUGCAAGAUCAUGGAUCAGGCUGUCAUGGUUGGGGCUCCUGUAAUUGGGUUGAAUGACUCUGGAGGAGCCCGUAUCCAGGAAGGAGUAGAGUCUUUGGCUGGCUAUGCUGAUAUCUUCUUGAGAAAUGUUCUGUGCUCAGGAGUAGUCCCACAGAUCUCCCUCAUCAUGGGUCCCUGUGCUGGUGGAGCAGUCUACUCGCCUGCUUUAACAGAUUUCACAUUCAUGGUGAAGGACACAUCCUAUCUGUUCAUCACUGGCCCUGAUGUAGUCAAGUCAGUUACCAAUGAAGAUGUUACCCAGGAACAGCUUGGGGGAGCAAAGACACACACUGCAGUAUCAGGGGUCGCACACAGAGCCUUUGAGAAUGAUGUAGAUGCUUUGCUCAAUCUCAGGGAGUUCUUUAAUUACCUACCUCUCAGUAACCGUGAUCCAGCCCCUGUUCGCAAAUGCCAUGAUCCUAGUAAUCGCUUGGUUCCUGAGCUGGACACAGUUGUCCCAAUGGAGUCUACUAAAGCCUAUGAUAUGGUCGACAUUGUACAUUCGAUUGUUGACGAGAGGGAAUUUUUUGAAAUCAUGCCCUCCUAUGCUGGGAACAUCAUUGUUGGAUUUGCAAGGAUGAAUGGAAGAACUGUUGGAAUAGUGGGUAAUCAACCUAAAGUGGCAUCAGGGUGUUUAGAUAUAAAUUCUUCUGUGAAGGGAGCCCGUUUUGUUCGAUUCUGUGAUGCUUUCAACAUUCCUCUGAUCACUUUUGUGGAUGUUCCUGGAUUUCUGCCAGGCACAGCUCAGGAGUAUGGAGGAAUCAUACGUCAUGGUGCAAAACUACUGUUUGCCUUUGCAGAAGCAACUGUGCCCAAAAUUACUAUCAUCACCAGAAAGGCUUAUGGGGGUGCAUAUGAUGUGAUGAGUUCGAAGCAUUUACGAGGAGAUGUUAAUUACGCAUGGCCUACAGCAGAGGUUGCAGUAAUGGGUGCAAAGGGUGCUGUCCGGAUCAUUUUCAGAGGAAAAGAAACAGAUGCAGAGGCAGAAUAUGUGAAUAAGUUUGCAAAUCCCUUCCCUGCGGCUGUCAGAGGGUUUGUUGAUGAUAUCAUUGAACCUUCUACCACUCGAAUCCGCAUUUGCCGUGAUCUGGAAGUGCUGGCUAGCAAAACGCAAUCUAAUCCCUGGAAGAAGCAUGCGAACAUUCCACUGUGAAUAUGAUGAAGAAUUGGCUACAAAAUGAAGCCACUUUUGUGACACGGGGAAGUGUUCUAAAUACAUCUAUUCCUUAGUUAAAGUGGAGAACUUAAACUUAGCACUAUGAACAUUUCUUUUAAUUUUAAUUUGCUUAAGUAUUAUGUAGCAAUAAAUUUUGAGAGAAUGGUUUUAUCUGGUAUUAUAUGAUUACUUUUAAUUAACAGAUUCUUUAUUUAGCCAACAGUCCUGAAAUUGCUUCCUCCUUAGAAGUCAUGAGUCCAAACAGAUUCCAAAACCUCAUUGUCUGAUCUUCUGUGAUGGAGACAGGGAAGGAAUGUCCCUUGAGUCCAUUGGCUUUCUAUCAUUGUUCGGCACAGACAGAAAGGGCUCCAAUAGAGAAUCAUGCCUUUGGAUCCAGUCAGACUUUGGUAUAGUUGAGAUUUGGGCAGGACAACGGUCUGGGAACGGUGCAUCAUCUCUGGAUCCUGGCCUAUUGGGUCUGUCCCUGCAUUACAGCACCCAUCAUAUUUGUUAGGCAAAACUCCCAGUAUGCUCCCUUUAAUGGUGCUGAUGGUGGGGUUCUUGAAGCAUUGGGAACCAUCCUGAAUGCAGAGUCUUGAGGAAUUUGCUCUUGGGUUCCAUAGCUUCACUUCCUGUGAUGUUCUCUCCAGCGCAGCUGGUUUUACGCAAAAUGCUUUGGGUGAGAUUGCAUUCUCAUAUGUGGGUGUAAUAACACUUGGUGGGUAGAAACUUAAUUGUUUGUCUAAUUAAAGUUGGAUUUAAUGAAAGGUGUAAAAUGUGCUAAAGUAUCCUGACAUUGCUCAAUCUACUGUUACUUUUAUCACAACUUUCUAUUGCUCUUUGUGACAGAAAGUAAAUUAAUAUAACAGUGGAAAUUAGUGAUGGCUAAUUGAAAAUAAACAAGGUAUGCAAAUUA